GCCACUACCACUGAGCAUACGAGCCCUUGCCGGCCGACUGUAGUAAUACUGUCAGGGAAGACCAAUACUGCUGGGAACCACCUUGACUUGCGCAGUGUCCGCAACUUGAGAACCUAAUCUACGCAUGGCUACGCGUCCUACUGGGACCAGCUCCUCCUAUGAUGAACAAGCUCGGUCGGAAAGAAAGGCGGUCCUUUACAACGAGCUGAAAGGCCUCAUUCCCCCGGAGCCUGGCUUGCGCUUGUUAUCCCUCGACGAUGGAGGGGCACGCGGACUGUCGACUCUUCUCCUUCUGGGCAAUCUCACACAAUCCAUUGAAUAUGUUUCGCGCAAGGCAGUCAAGCCGUGCGAUUACUUCGACAUAAUUGCCGGUAGCGGCACGGGAGGCUUGAUUGCUCUCUUGCUUGGCCGUUUCCGUAUGUCAGUUGAACAUGCGAUCGAAUGCUACACGAGAAUAGUGGACCGGGUUUUCUUUCGGACGAAGGCCGAUGGCACGUUCAGGGUCACGCCGUUCGAGGAGGUGUUGAAGGAGAUAUCCAACCGUUUUGGUGAUGGAGAUGAUAGUCAGCUCAUCACCAGCUCUGGUUCGCUGUGUAAAACGUUCGUCUGCGUCAGGGAGGAUGACCAGUCUGGAACUAUCCAGCUGCGAAAGCUUCGUACAUAUGUCCACCCGUCGGAGCCCCCCUUCCAGACUACGUUUAUUGAAGCCACCAGAGCGACUAUGGGUAACACGCUGUUCUUCAAACCCAUCACAAUCACUUCAGACUCAGGCGCGGUCUCUACCCUUCUUGAUGCUGGCGACGCACACUGUAAUCCCGUCUUUGAUCUCUUGGAAGAAGCUCGAUCGCUUUAUCCGUCACGACGAAUCUCCUAUCUACUCAGCAUUGGCGCAGGACGAGCGAGUACCAUCGAUUCCAGCCCAUCUCGAGGCUUCCUUCAUCAGCCUAGAUUGGCUCUGUCCUGUCUAGCUGCCAUGCAGCAUCUCGCGAACUGCUGCGACGCCACAGCACAGGCAUUUCAGCAGCAAAACCCCGAACUGGAUCGCUCAUACUUCCGAUUCAGCCUUGAUCAAGGUGUUUCCGAUGGAAAGAUGAAUCAGUGGGAGCAGCCGGAGGUCCUGAAGGAGUGGACGCGUCCGUACUGUGUUGCCGUUCAGAAGCCUUUGUGGACGGUGGUCACGUCUAUGAUGCAUGAACGUAAUGUCGUGCAGGGUUAUAAUCGCAAACGGAGUCACUGACAUCUUGCUUAUGUUCCCCCUGGAAGUUACCUUCACCUCCGGACUUGUGUAUAGCGAUCUGAAGCACGAUUCACUAGGAAUGAUUUGUGGCAUAGGUAGACCAGCUCAAAAGGCCUGGACCCGGAUGCAUGUCUCCGGCAGAUGCCGUUUAGGUUCCUUCCUUCCUUUUUCAUGUCAACUUUUGAUGUUCCAACGUCCUGCGCGUGCGUCGAAGCGGAAAACAUGCAUAGAGCGCAUGCACGCCCUUCCUGGCACAGCUUGUCCCCAUCGACGUCGACGUCGCCCCAUUCCUCUGCCCUUCCAGACCGACUGUCAUGCCUAUAAACCUCCGCACACUUCCUGUGUACCUCUUACCG